UCAGAGUCAGACACUCCAUUGACAAGGGAUCCCAUCAUCUAUGCAAGAUGUGCCUCAGUGCUCUGUUCCUGGUGUCUCUAGCAACUUGCGUGGUUGGCAGAAACCCCUCUUCACCGCCUGUGGUAGACACCAUGCAAGGCAAAGUCCUGGGGACGUACAUGAGCUUAGAAGGAUUCACACAGCCCGUGGCCGUCUUCCUGGGAGUCCCCUUUGCCAAGCCCCCUCUUGGAUCCCUGAGGUUUGCUCCACCACAGCCUGCAGAGCCCUGGAGCUUCGUGAAGAAUGCCACCACCUACCCGCCUAUGUGCUCCCAAGAUCCAGAAAGAGGACAGAUAGUCAAUGACCUCAUAACCAAUAGAAAGGAGAAAAUCCACCUUGAGUUUUCUGAAGAUUGCCUCUAUCUAAAUAUCUACACUCCUGCGGACUUUUCAAAGAACAGUAAGCUACCGGUGAUGGUAUGGAUCCAUGGAGGUGGACUGACGCUGGGUGGGGCAUCAAGCUUUGAUGGACGAGCCCUCUCUGCAUAUGAAAACGUGGUGGUGGUGGUCAUUCAGUACCGCCUGAGCAUCUGGGGAUUCUUCAGCACAGGGGAUGAACACAGCCGGGGAAACUGGGGUUAUUUGGACCAAGUGGCUGCACUGCACUGGGUCCAGGACAACAUUGCCAACUUUGGAGGUGACCCAGGCUCUGUGACCAUCUUUGGAGAGUCAGCAGGAGGUUACAGUGUCUCUAUUCUUAUAUUGUCUCCAUUGUCCAAGAACCUCUACCACAGGGCCAUUUCUGAGAGUGGUGUGGCCCUCACUCCUGGAUUGUAUACCAAAGAUGUUAGGCCAGUCACUGAGCAAAUUGCUGUUCUUGCUGGUUGUAAGACCACCACAUCUGCUGUCAUUGUUCAUUGCCUGCGGCAGAAGACGGAAGAGGAGCUCUUAGAGAUAUCGCAGAAAAUGAAUCUGUUUAAACUCGCUCUUCAAGGAGAUACCAAAGAGAGCCACCCGCUUAUGUUAACUGUGGUUGAUGGAGUGGUGCUGCCAAAGGACCCAAAACAGAUCCUGGCUGAGAAGAACUUCAACACCGUGCCCUACAUUGUGGGAAUCAACAAGCAAGAGUUUGGCUGGCUUCUGCCAACAAUGAUGGGAUUUCUACAACCUGGUGUAAAAUUGAACAAGAAGAUGGCCAUUGCACUCCUGGAGAAAUUUGCUUCCAUAUCUGGCAUACCAGAGGAUAUUAUUCCAGUUGCCAUUGAGAAGUACACAAAAGGUAGUGAUGACCCCGUUAAGAUCAGAGAUGGAGUUCUCGACUUAAUUGGGGAUGUGUUAUUUGGUGUUCCAUCAGUGAUUGUGUCCCGUGACCAAAGAGGUACUGGAGCUCGCACCUACAUGUAUGAGUAUCAAUACUGCCCAAGUUUCGCAUCACACCAAAGACCCAAGAAUGUAGUAGGAGACCAUGCAGAUGAAGUCUACUCUGUCUUCGGUGCCCCAAUUUUAAGAGAUGGUGCCUCUGAAGAGGAGAUCAAUCUCAGCAAGAUGGUGAUGAAAUUUUGGGCCAACUUUGCUCGGAAUGGGAACCCUAAUGGCAAAGGGCUGCCUCAUUGGCCAGAGUAUGAUGAGAAAGAAGGAUAUCUGCAGAUUGGUGCCACCACCCAGCAAGCCCAGAGACUGAAAGCAGAGGAAGUGGCUUUCUGGACACAGGCCCUGGCCAAGAAACAAUCCGAGCCAUACCACAAUGAGCUGUGAAUGAAAGGCUCUGCCACCCUCAUACCAGAGAAGCCAAGAUAUGGUUCUUCCACUUUAUGUAUUACAUACAUAAAGGUGUAUGUAAAUCAAAGAUGGAUCUUGGAGGAUCCUGAAGAACUUUGUCAUAGAUACAGGCAGAGCCCAGGGAAGGGAAAUGUUUGUACUUACUGCCUCAAUUUUGAGAAUAAAUGUUCUUUUUAUGGUCAAA